GGUUAAUUAUUGGCCAUUUCGAUUUUAACUAGGACGCACUUAAAAAGGCGUCGGUCUCUCCGUUCUCUCGAUCUCUCGAUCACUCAGAUCGCCCACCGGGAGAGCCGCGGUUAAACCCUAGUCGCGAGGAUUUAUCUUAUUUGAUACCUCUUGAUCAAGGGUGGGUGACCUCAAAUCUUUGAUUGAUACAUUGUAAGGGUUGAAUCCUUUGUCAAUUGAUCUAUUAUCUAGUUAACCCUUCCUGAAGUAUGCCUCGAGUGAAAAGGCUAUAUGAGGUCUGUAAAGCAUCAUUCUCUAAUAGUGGGCCCAUAUCUGUUGAAGCUCUUGAAAAUGUACGCUCUUGUUUAGAUGAUAUUAAGCCUUCUGAUGUGGGACUUGAAAAGGAGGCUCAGAUAGCACGAGGGUGGAAAGGUGCCACGAAUUCUAAUGGAAGAAGAGGGCAUAGUGGAAGUAAUCAGUGUCCACCUCCUAUCAAAUAUCUGCAUGUGCAUGAGUGUGAAAGCUUUUCUAAUGAAAUUGGGAUCUUCUGCAUGCCACCUUCAUCUGUUAUUCCACUUCAUAACCAUCCAGGAAUGACAGUGCUGAGCAAGCUUCUUUAUGGGACAAUGCUCAUCAAAUCAUUUGACUGGGUUGGUACUGAGGAACCCAUUGAUCCAUCCGAAGGUUUGUGCCACUUAUUUUCUAGACCAGCAAAGCUCGUUCGAGAUAACCAGAUGACUGCGCCCUGUGGCACAACCAUCCUCUACCCUACAAGUGGUGGCAACAUUCAUUCUUUUAAAGCGAUAACUCCCUGCGCUCUCUUCGAUAUUCUAUCACCCCCAUACUCAUCAAAUGAUGGACGCGAUUGCACUUAUUUCAAGAAGUCAAGAAAAAGUUCAUCUGGUGUUUUGCCUAGUGGAAUAGAUGCUUCAGAAGUGGCUUGGUUGGAAGAGUGUCAACCACCUGAAAGCUUUGUCGUCCAAAGAGGGCCAUACAAGGGUCAAAUCGUUAAAAAUUAAUGAUUUCCCAUUUAGUGUAGUAUAUAUGCUAUUCAAGUAGCUCUUUUAACACGAGGACAGCAUCCGUUUGAUAUCUUUAUACCUGCAGAAAUAUGAUUUUUCCAAAAAAAAACUAUGACCUUUCAGCAUCUUGGUAGUCAGGAAGCUUGUUGUACAUCACAUAUAGAUAUCUGAUAACAAUUUUCUUGUUUCUUUGUUUAGUCAAAGAAUGGAAGGUCUAGGCAGGAAUUUAGUGGGUGAUUGCAAAAAUAAUUCAUCCACACACCAUCAUUGAAGACAUUGUUGAUUUGAUCUAUUUCAGGUGACAUGAUCUAUCUUUCUUCUCGA